GAUCAUAGUUUUCGAGCUUAGAAAUCUAACAGUCUCAAACAUGUUCGCUAAGGUCGUCGUUCUCUGCGCUGCUCUUGUAGCCGUAAAUGCCACUGGACUUCUCCUCGGGCACAAAGCUCUGAUCAGUACCGGUUCAAGUGUCAGUUCUAGAUCUCAAGAUGCUAUCGGAAACUACGCUUUCGGUUACGACAUCGUUGAUGGACAUGGUGCCUCCAACUCCAGAUCCGAAAUUGGUGACGCUCAUGGCAACAAAAAAGGAUCUUACACCAUUCAUGAUAUUGAUGGCAGAGCCAGACGCGUUGAUUACGUAGCUGAUGGUCUCGGAUUUCGUGCUGCGGUUAAGACCAAUGAACCAGGAACAGCGGCCAGCGCCCCAGCAGCCGCUGUCAUUGCCAGCCCACACGCUGGACCCAUUGCCCCAGUCGUCAGUCAUGUAGCCCCUGCCGCUGCUGUUGUUAGUCAUGCUGCUGUAGCAGCUCCUUUGUCUCAUGGUCUAGUUGGAGCUGCUCCUUUAGCUCAUGCAUUAAUUGCACCUGGAUUGGCUAACCAUGGUCUUUUGGCUCACGGAGGACACGGUCUUUUGGCUCACGAAGGACAUGGUCUUUUGACUAACGGAGGACAUGGUCUUUUGGCUCACGGAGUACAUGGUCUUUUGGCUCACGGAGGACAUGGUCUUUUCGCUCACGGAGGACAUGAUCUUUUGGCUCACGGAGCUGUGGGCCAUGGUCUUGGACAUUUAGCUCUUCAUUGAACAAACGUCUUCAUAACUCAGAUUAAAUAGAAAGGAUACCAAGAGGAAUUUGAUGCAAGACUCAUAGAAAACAUAUUUAUUUUUUUAUGUAUAAUUUCAGACUCGUAAUAUUUUUUAUGUAAAUAAAAUAUACAAAAAAACUAA